CAAACACUUGUUAAUCCAACGAACACCUAAGAGCAGGGUAACGGCGAGAAAAAUAAAAAUAAAAACCAACCUAUCGUCAUCAUGUCUCUGCCCCAAGCAAACGACAUGGAGAAAAACAUCGAGAUCUGGAAGAUCAAAAAAUUGAUCAAAAGUCUUACUGAAGCACGCGGUAACGGAACCAGUAUGAUUUCCCUAAUCAUUCCGCCAAAGGAUCAGGUCUCCCGCGUCGGCAAGAUGUUGUCUGAUGAGUACGGCACCGCAUCCAACAUCAAAUCCCGUGUCAAUCGUUUAUCGGUUCUUUCAGCUAUCACUUCUACUCAGCAACGUCUCAAGCUCUACCACAAGGUUCCCCCCAACGGGCUCGUCCUCUACUGUGGCGAAAUCAUCACCAACGAAGGCAAAGAGCGUAAAAUCAAUAUUGCCUUUGAGCCCUUCAAGCCAAUCAACACCUCUUUGUACCUCUGCGAUAACAAAUUCCACACUGAGGCACUAUCGGAGCUUUUGGAGUCUGACUCUAAGUUUGGCUUUAUCGUGAUGGACGGUAAAGGUGCUUUGUUUGGAACUUUGAGUGGAAACACUAGAGAAGUCGUUCACGGGUUCUCUGUUGCCCUUCCCAAGAAGCAUGGUCGUGGUGGGCAGUCCGCAUUGCGUUUCUCACGACUCAGAGACGAAAAACGCCACAAUUACGUCCGCAAGGUAGCGGAGUCGGCCGUGCAAAACUUUAUUACCAAUGACAAGGUCAACGUUUCAGGUCUAAUCCUUGCUGGAGCUGCCGACUUCAAGACCGACCUUGCCCAGAGUGAACUCUUUGAUCCACGCUUGCAAGCAAAGAUUAUCAAGAUUGUCGAUGUGUCCUACGGUGGCGAUCUUGGCUUUAUUCAGGCUAUCGAGUUGGCCGAAGAGACUUUGGGCAACGUGAAGUUUGUCCAAGAAAAGAAGCUGAUCAGCAAGUACUUUGGGGAGCUAGCUCAGGAUACUGGAAAGGUUUGCUAUGGCAUCGAUGAUACACUGAGGGCCAUGGAAUUGGGUGCCGCAGAGACUGUUAUCGUCUUUGAAAACCUUGAUGUGACUCGCUGGAUUCUCAAGAGCUCCGACGGUAACCUUAUUACUCUCCACACCAAUAAAAUUCAAGAGCAGGAUCGCCAAAAAUUCAUGGAUAAGUCUUCUAGGCAAGAAAUGGAGAUUGUUGAGCAAACCUCCUUCCUUGAGUGGCUGGCUGAAAAAUAUCACGACUUUGGUGCUACCUUGGAGUUUGUCUCCGAUCGCUCCGGCGAAGGCAAUCAAUUUGUAAAGGGAUUUGGCGGAAUCGGCGCUUUGCUCAGGUACAAGGUUAACUUUGAGCAAUUACAUGAACUCGAGGAUGAGGAUGAAUACUACGAUGGUAACUUUCUAACUGUGAUUUGGAGUUAUUUGCGCUAA